AUGGCGGAAUUUAUUUCAUUUUACGUAAUCAAAACAAUAAAAAAGGCCCCGAAAAAAAUUCCCUUAUUUAACCCUAACAAAAUUUAUUUUCAUACUUCCAAUCCUAGAAAUGCAAUUCCUCCUAUACUAGUGUUGGCAUUAAGAUCUAUUGUAAAACUCGGACCUGUGAUUUCUGGUAGAAUAAUUAGACGUUGGUGGCAAAAAUUGCCUCAAGAAGAAAAAGAAAAAAUUUUACAGCAAAUUUAUUCGAAGAAAACUAAAAUUGCUUGUUGUGGAACAAUAUUUAUUGGUGCAUUGUAUUUGUAUUAUUUAGAAAAUAUCACUGAAGAACCUUUAACAAAAAGAAAGAGAUUUAUGGUUCUAAAUCAAAAACAAUUAUAUCAAAUUGCAGAAUUUGAAUAUAAUCAACAAAUGAGAACUUAUAAGCAGAACAUUGUUCCAGCCUGGCAUCCCUUGUAUAGGAGAGUCACCAGAGUUGCUAACAAUUUGUUAUUAUCAAAUAGAGAUUUGAAAGAAAUCAGAGACAAAACUUGGACGGUGAUUGUAGUGGACAGACCAGAUAUAACAAAUGCCUUUGCUCUUCCACAUGGGAAAAUUUUUGUGUUUACUGGAAUGCUUAAUUUGUGCACAAAUGACCACCAGCUAGCAAUUGUUUUAGCUCAUGAAAUUUCUCAUUCAAUUUUAUCUCAUACUGCAGAAAGCAUGAGCAAGAUAUUUUUGAUGGAGUUCAUUCUUAUAAUUCCAUCUUUGAUUUUUUGGUCUAUUCUUUCUGAUGCUUGGGCCUUGUUUUCAGAAUGGAUUACAGCUAAUAUUGCUAGUGUUUUAAUUCAUCUUCCUUUCAGUCGAGCAAUUGAAAAGGAAGCAGAUUUUGUUGGUUUGCAACUUGCAGCAAAAUCAUGUUAUGAUAUUCGAGAAGCACCAAUUUUUUGGGGGAAACUAAAAGUUUUAAGUUCAGAUGCAGUGUUAGAAUGGCUAUCAACACACCCAAGGCAUGAGUCAAGACAAUCAGAAUUAAAGGAAUUAUUGCCACAAGCACUGGAACUUAGAGAAAAGAGUAAUUGUCCUCCACUUGUUUCAAAUAUUCAUUAUUUUCCAUGGGCAAUGUAG